GGCAGGAGGAGGAGGGGAGGGGAGGGGAGGGGAGAAGGGAGGGGAGGGAGGAAGGCGAGAGAAAGGGAGCUGCCCGGAUCCCGGACUUCCCAGAGCCUGCCCGGAGCGCGCACUCAGCGGCUCCCCGUCCCAGCGCCCCCGCCGCCCCGCACUCCGCCGCCGCCGCCUCCGCCCCGCGCCCCCCGCCCCGCCUUCCAGGAGCCGCCGGGCCCCUCGGCCGCCUCCCCACUCUCCGGGGUCACUCCUGGAGCGCGCGCCCUCGCCCAUCCUUUCUUCCUUCCUCCCCUGGCGCCCGCCCUCGCUCUCCAGGUCUCCGCCCGGGUCCCGAUCGCCCCGGUCGGUCCCGCCUCGGUCCCGGCGCCUCGCCUCGCCCGCCCGGAGCCCCGCUUCCUGAGCCGCCGCCCCGCGCCCGCCGCCCGGGGACGGGAAGAGGGCGAGCCCGCCGCGCCCAGCCCCGCGCCCGCCGCCCGGCGAGGGAGCCCGGGAAGAUGAACAACGGCGUCAAAGCCGACGACAGCCCCGCGAGCGAGGCCAGCCUCCAGGAGGAGGAGGGCAUCCGCUUCGAUCCUGAAAUUCCGCAAACACUACGACUAGAGUUUGCUAAGGCAAACACGAAGAUGGCCAAGAGCAAACUCGUAGGGACUCCAAACCCCAGUACUCCUCUGCCCAACACUGUACCUCAGUUCAUUGCCAGAGAGCCAUAUGAGCUCACAGUGCCUGCACUUUACCCCAGUAGCCCUGAAGUGUGGGCCCCGUACCCUCUGUACCCAGCGGAGUUAGCGCCUGCUCUACCUCCUCCUGCUUUCACCUAUCCCGCUUCACUGCAUGCCCAGGGAGGCAGCUCCAGCCCUGUCCUUUGCUUAGGGAGCAAGUGGACUCAGAGGCACAAAGCCAUAAGCCAUGGAUGCGCUGGCUCCCUCCCUCCGAGGCUACUUCUCAGGGCUGGAAGUCCCGUCAGUUCUGCUGAAUACAAACCAGGUUCCAGGUGUGUGAUGGUGGCUGCAAUCUGUCUUGUGGGUAUUAAUGCAUCUUCAGUGGUGGCUACUGUUCUCGAGCUGUUCUCCAGAACUGGAGCAUGCUGGCGUGAAAAAACCUUGCCCAGUUUUGAUCCCUUCAAGACUUUGCCACAGCCUCUAUCACACAUCUGCUUCUCUUGAAGAAAAAAAUAUAAUAAAAAUGUUUUACUCUUUUACACUGUAUAAUUGUAAGAAAUAGUGUGUUAUUUGUGAAUGCAUGAUCUGACGUCCAUUUCUGUACAGUUUGGAGAGAUUUUCAAAUGAAACAUAAGAGACGUCAACAUAAACCAAGAGUGAGUAUUUUUAUACCGAACACUGAAAUAUGAUAGGAUGAUCUUACACUGGGUUGGAUCACAAUUUUUGUGCUUAUUUUUUCUAAUACAAGGUGCAUGUUUGAGGCAUGCUUUUAAAUAUGCAAAUUUCCUGUUAAGGUACAGAAACCUGGCCCAAGUCCGGGGAGAAUGAGAACCGUGGAGUUAGAUGUUAGAGCUGCGCUGACUGAAGCACAAGGUGUGCGCUGGCAGGUCUAGGACGCCCUGCAAGGCCAUCGCCAGCCUCCAGGAACUGCUGCCAGAGUGACAGGCUCACAGCUGGGCACAGCAGCCUUUCCCUGGAGAGGGGUCCCUUAGAGGUUCCUGGCAGCCCCAGAGCUCACACAGUCUGUCUCACUGAAGGGAAACCUUGACUCUAAGAGGCCAGUGCUGCCUCAGGAAGCUGGCUCUGCCCAUCCUGCAUAGCUGCAGUGGGCGGCUCAUGUCUCCUAGGUGAUAUUGCAAAUUACUGGCUGAGCUGGUGCUGGCUGCACCGUGCCAAUGAGCCAUUCAAAACAUGGUUUUUAACCCUAUGCACUUCCUGGGAUGCUUGCACCACACCAGCCCAUGAAGGUGGCACAGUAAUAUAGACCUAAGAAUUCCUACUGCUGACCUGCCAAAACAUGAUCAUAAUCUUUCUUAACUACCUGCUCAUGUUGUGCUACAGACUUCUAUGUUUUAAUGAUUAUGUGGUUGGGUUAGGGUUUGUUUCAUUGUCUUCCAUUAGAAAUAAACAUGUCAAGAAGCUUUUAAAGGUCAUCCGUUUGUUUCAUUGUCUUCCAUUAGAAAUAAACAUGUCAAGAAGCUUUUAAAGGUCAUCGCACAAAAAACAAGAAGGGCCAGGAAAGAGGCCUCUUACCUUCAUAAAUGAGGCCAAGGGCACUCACAGCGCGGCAUGGGCAGCUGUGUUCAAACCCUGGAUGUCUUCAGCACGCCUGGCUCUCAGUGAGACUUCUACACUCGUUUCUAAGGAAAGCAGCAACUUUCACAUCGUCCAUUAUGCUUUUAUACACUGUUUAAAGGUACUUUUCUAUUGUCAUUUAAAAAAAAAUAAAGUGCUUAUCCUAGCUGUCA